UAUUUCCUAUUUAGUAUUGAGGUUGUUUUAUUUAUGAAGAUGCACUCUUGUAUUUGUCUGAGUGUUGAGUCCUUCGGGCGCUUGGAUAAAGUGCAGAUGUCAAGUUGACCCAGAUUGCCUCCAUGUUGGUCCUUAGCAUGUUGGUAGAGUAAGGAGGACUGUUUUCUUUUUUAUCAUAUUGUCUCAAAUGUUCAUUUAGUCUUUCCACAAUGCUCCUAGAUGUCUCAACAAUGUAUGUCAUUUUCUUGUCUUUACAAGCACCUUCUAUGCACCUUAUGUUGUAGACUACGUUUCUAGUUCUACAGUUAAUGCCAGGGUUAAUCCUACAUACCAUGCAGUUAUCAUUGGUGCAUUUGGUAUUUUAAAAGGGAUACGUCCUACAUAGUUGUGAUCUGAUGGAGUUCCUUGGCUUUUCAACGAUCUUAAUGUUGAGUUUGGUCUCCUUCGGAGCUUUCUUAAAUCUACGGGCUAGUUCUCCAUGGGCUGUGGCCUCUACAGACAUCAUUCCUAGAUAUUUGUCGGUUUUGUCACAAGCUCUUUGUAUUUUAUUCCAACCUUUCUCAGUGGAUUUGGUUGAUGGAAACUGAAAGAAGCCCUUCAUAUUAAUGUAUGUGUGAGAGUGUAUGAGAGAGAGAGAAAGAGAGUGUGUGUGUGUCUAACACUAUGUGACAACCACUGUUGGUUUAUUUACGUCUCAGUGACUUACCGGUUCAGUAAAAAGAUACAGACGCAGGAGUGGCUGUGUGGUAAGUAGUUUUCUUACCAACCACAUGGUUCCGGGUUCACUCCCACUGCGUGGCACCUUGAGCAAGUGUCUUCUACUAUAGGCUCGGGCCGACCAAAGCUUUGUGAGUGGAUUUGGUAGACGAAAACUGAAAGAAGCCCGUCGUAUGUAUGUAUAUAUAUAUGCGUGUUUGUGUGUCUGUGUUUGUCCCCCCAACAUCGCUUGACAACCGAUGGCGGUGUGUUUACGUCCCCGUAACUUAGCGAUUCGGCAAAAGGGCCGAUAGAAUAAGUACUAUUAGGCAUACAAAGAAUAAGUCCUGGGGUCGAUUUGCUCGACUAAAGGCAGUGCUCCAGCAUGGCCGCAGUCAAAUGACUGAAACAAGUAAAAGAGUAUAGAAUAACUCCCAGACUUAAAAAUAAUACUGGGGUCGAUUUGUACGACUAAACCUUUUGAAGCAGUGCCCCAGCAUGGACGCAAUCCGAUGACUGAAACAAGUAAAAGUGUUAAGAUAAAAACAAAAGAAACAAAACUCCAGGUGUGUAGAAUAUCCACCCCCUAACUGACACCCCGCCCCUUUUUUUUUUUUCCUUUUGUCAUACCUAUUCCGACAUAACUGUAAUUUACACCAUCUGAAAAAUAUUUAUGGAAGUUUUCAUUUUAAAAUAUCCAUUUUUCAGAAUAUUAUUAGAAAACAAAAUCAGAGUAGAUAACCGCGCCGGACAAAAUGUUUAGCGGCAUUUCAUCCGACUUUACAUUCUGAGUUCAAAUUUCGCCGGGGUCACCUUUGCCUUUCAUCCUUUCGGGGUCGAUGUAAUCAACCUACCUCUCCUCUGAAAUUGUUGACCUUGGUUUUAUUGUUUAACUUUCGGUCAGCAAAGCAAAUCUAUAACAAAAAAAGAAUUCCAGGCAUUUUGUUUCUCGGGUUAUAUUACAGAUUAUGCUGUUUGUUGUUUUAAGAUGCUUAAACGUGAUAUGAAGAAUAUUUGGCUGCUCUUUCUAGCAAGUAAUGCUACUUUAUAAUGGCUCUCCUUCUGCCGGGACAGGAGAGAAAUGCAGAAGCGAAUCAAUCGAAAAGAAAGAUAAUCUCAAAAGAACGUACAUAAGAAAGAGAACAGAUAUCAUAGAACUAAACUGGAGGAAAUAUCUAUCAACUAGCUUUGUAGUAUAAUAUAAUACUAUUUCGUAAAAUAACAUCCUUCCAUUUUUCUGUAUUCUUCCUUUACGAAACUGACAUGGACUUUUACAACUAGGAAACACUUCCCGUGUGUCACCGCUUAAAGCUCCGGUUGAUCAAAAUACAAAAUGAAUUUAUGUAAACAUGUUACGAAAACUCAGAAAUUAAAUUUUAAGAAAUUGCUCAGUUUAUUGAACCGGUCUUCCUUUCAAUCCUGUGUUCUACAUCAAAAUUACAGUUCAUCUUCACCCAAGGUGGACUUAUCCAAAUUUCCUGUUGAAUACAUUCGAAAUUUUAGCAUCAUAGCUCAUGUCGACCAUGGUAAAAGCACUUUAUCCGAUCGUUUACUGGAAUUUACAGGAACGAUUCCGACCACAAAGGACAACAAACAAGUGUUGGACAAACUUCAGAUAGAACGUGAAAGAGGAAUCACAGUUAAAGCGCAGACUGUCUCACUGAUACAUACAUAUAAAGGGAAACAAUAUUUACUGAACCUUAUUGACACUCCAGGCCAUGUUGAUUUCCAGUAUGAAGUCUCUCGCUCAAUGUCAGCCUGUCAGGGGGUUCUUCUCUUAGUGGACGCAAAUCACGGAGUUCAAGCCCAGACAGUUGCCAACUAUUAUCUGGCUUUGGAGCUAAAGAAAACCAUUAUUCCUGUGUUGAAUAAGAUAGAUCUAAAGGUUGCCAGACCUGAAGAAGUUCUGCAACAACUCAAAUCUAUUUUUGACAUAGAACCAAGCACAACAUUAAAGGUUUCUGCUAAACUGGGUACCGGUGUCCUUGAAUUGCUGGAGACUAUAAUUGAGCGUAUACCUCCGCCACCAAGCGACAGAAAUGCUGCAUUGAAGGCUCUUACAUUUGACUCGUGGUUCAACCACUUCCGCGGAGUGGUUGUCAGCCUCACUUUGCUGGAUGGAGUCCUCACUAAACGAGAUAAAGUUAUGUCUGCAGCAACAGGGAAACUAUAUGAAGUCCAAGAGAUUGGAUUUAUGUAUCCUGAACAAGUACCCUGUGAGAAACUGUACGCUGGUCAGGUGGGCUACAUGAUUGCAAAUAUCAGAGACAUCAAAGAAGCUCGCAUCGGAGAUACUAUCUUCCAUCCCAAGUCACCAGUAAAUCCUGUCAAAGGAUUUAAACCUGCCAAAGCCAUGGUGUUUGCUGGGGUUUUCCCCGCUGACCAAUCUGAAUAUGAUGACUUAAGGAAAGCAAUCGACAAACUGACUUUGAAUGAUGCAAGUGUUUCAUUGAACAUCGACACAAGCCCAGUGCUAGGACAAGGAUGGAGGCUUGGAUUCCUGGGCCUUCUUCAUAUGGAUGUCUUUAGCCAACGCCUUGAACAAGAAUACGAUAUGUCAUCUAUUACAACAGUCCCCAAUGUACUGUAUAAAGUUAAAAUCCAUGGCAGUAAGAAUAUAAAACAGUAUCAGAGUGACGUAGUUGAUGUACUAAAUCCCUGCCAGCUCCCUGAUCCAAGCAUUAUUACUGAGUAUCUGGAACCUGUGAUACUUGGGACUAUCAUCACACCCCUUGAAUACAUUGGUGAUAUCAUGAAUCUAUGCAUGGAUCGGCGUGGUGUCUUGAAGAAUCAGUUCAACAUAGACGACAAUCGUGUCAUGAUCACAAUGGUCUUCCCCCUCAAUGAGAUUUUGGUAGAUUUCUUUGAUGACCUCAAAUCAAUGACUUCUGGAUAUGCAAGUUUUGAUUAUGAAGAUUACGGAUACCAGUCAUCAUCCCUUGUCAAGUUGAUGUUCUCCCUGAAUAGUAAACCUGUGGAUGAGCUAACCAUGAUUUGUCAUGUAUCGAAAGCCAGACAACUUGCCAAGAGGACAUGUGCUAAAUUACAGACUGCCAUACCACGACAGUUGUAUCACGUGAUCAUCCAAGGAAGCACUGGCAGUAAAAUCAUCGCUCGAGAGGAUAUCAAACCUUACAAGAAAGACGUGCUUUCAAAGUGUUAUGGUGGUGAUAUCACACGCAAAAUGAAGCUCCUUCGACACCAGGCUGAGGGGAAGAAGAAGUUACGUCGGAUCGGAAACGUGGAUGUCCCUCGAGAUGCAUUCAUAAAAGUCCUGCAGAAGUGAAGCGUCCAGAUUGCCAACCGAUGCACAAUGACACUCCGUUUCUGUCUGCGUCUAGAGACACAAAUGCAUAGAUGCGAACUCAUGUCCAUAUUUUUAGAUGUGAGAGUGUGUGUGUGUGUGUGUUUAUGUACAAGUGUGUAGUUUUGUGUGAAUGUAUACAAAUAUAUAUCCAUUGAAAAUGUAUACGCAUACUGUAUGGGCAGAGAGAAGUUGAUUGGCGGUCAAGCACAUUGGGGUUACAGAGCUUAAGUUCAUGGAUAUUGUGUAUGUGGGGGGGGGGGCAUGUUUGUGUGCGUGUUAGUGUGGCACAUGUUUGUGUGUGUGUGUGUAGCGCAUGUUUGUCUGUGUGUGUGUGUGCUGUAUGUGAAUGUGUUUGUAUGUGUGUGCGUGUUUGUGUGUGUGUAUGUACAGCACAUGUUUGUGUGUGGGUGUGUGGCGCCUGUUUGUGUUUGUGUGCGUGUGCAUGUGUGUUUGUAUGUGUGUGUAUGUGUGCAGCGGUGGUGAUGGUUGUGGUGGUGGGGUGUGGAUAGACAGGCAGCCACUUAGACAUACACACAACAAAAACUGACCUCUGGCCAAUAUUAGGGAGUGGCGAGGGUGGUGAGCUGGCAGAAUCAUUCACACCCCGGGCAAAAUGCACCACAGCAUUUUGUCCAUCUUUACAUUCUGGGUUCAAAUUUCACCAAGGUCAACUUUGCUUUCAUCCCAUUCAGGAUCAAUGAAAUAAAUACCAGUUGUGUACUGGGGUCGAUGUAAUCGACUUACACCCUCCCCUAAAAUUGCUUGCCUUGUGCCAAAAUUUGAAACCAGUAUUAAGAAGGGAAGGUUUUUGUAAAUUUUUUUUUUUUUUUUUUUUGGUAUGAUUUGUUAAUUAAUUAAAGUUUGGAAUAUUUGCAUAUUACCGGAGCAGUUGUUCUGUACUUGUUUUCAUCAACUUAUUCCAGCUUCAUAAUUAAGUUGGAAAUUUACAAGAAAUAGUGUGUGUGUCUGUGUGUCCCUGUCUGUUCCCCCCAGAUAUGAAAGUGUGACUUGCUCCAACAAAUUAAUUGCAAAUAUAUUAAUUUACUGAAGAACUAUCCAAACCAUAAUAACAGGCUUCGGAUAGUUCAACCAAAGAAUACAGCUCUUGUUUUUGUGGUGCUAUUGGUGGAAGCAUGUGAUAUCUAUUGAAAUGACAUAUGCAGCAUGGCUGUGUGGUAAGUAGCUUGCUUACCAACCACAUGGUUUUGGGUUCAGUCCCACUGCAUGGCACCUUGGGCAAGUGUCUUCUACUAUAGCCUCAGGCCAACCAAAGCCUUGUAAGUGGACUUGAUAGAUGGAAACUGAAAGGAGCCCGCUGUACAUAUGUGUGUGUGUGUGUGUGCAUAUUUGUAUGUGUGUGUUUGUGUUUGUCUGCCAACCAUCGCUUGACAGCCAAUGUUGGUUACCCUGUCAACAAUGUUCUUUUUUUUUUGUUUUUUGAGUACAAACACACACAAACACAUAUCACAUAAAAACUAGAUAUAUGUCAGAACAAUAGCAUAUCACAUGAUAGAGUGUGCUGUUUAUUAGAAUAAUGAGAUAUUCCGUGAAUCACUGUGAUAUUAAUACUUUUUUUUUUAAUAUCAAUAAUUUACUGUAAAUAAAUUCAAAAUUGUUUCUGAAUAAAUAGAAAAAUAUGUUUAUGUUUA